AUGACCUACGGCUCAGAACCGUCAGCCCCACAGCGAGCCAAGUGUUCAGUUCCAACAGGCAGGCUUGAAGCCGACACCCUGGAUCAGACCGGCAGAGAGAGACAGAAGACGCCGAAAAGACGAGGCAAGGACGAUGGGAGCCUCUGGGAGCCGGGAGUGAGGAACAACCUCCCGCCAUGCGCCUUACGCACAGAGCAAGAGCCCAACCCAGGGGGCUUCGUCUCUGCAAGAAGAAAUCUUCAGAUGCCCAUGAAGGAAAAUGAAGUAUCAAGGAUGGCUUUCAAACACUGA